GCGAACACGAACAGUUAUUCUUGCUCCUCCUCGCUGCUUCUGUUUCUGUUUUUUGUGUUUGCCGCGACGUAAACAAGCGAAGAGCGGAGCUUACGCCCCCUCCGCCCCCACGCCCCCUCGCAACGUGCUCUGCUCGUUGUAAUUGCAAUUAAGCGCUGUCACUCGCCGAAAAAAAAGACAAAAUUCGGGAGUCCGAAAAGGUUGACAAAAAAGGGCAAAAAAAGCACAAGUGCAGAAAAAAAAAACAGAAACUUGCGAGCGCGUGUGUGUGAGUGCUGGUGUGCGUUGGUGUCUGUGUGUAUAUUUUUGGCGUGCGCGGCCAUUUUUUCUUGUUGCCACUCGGGGUCUCUUCUGCGUGCGAAAGAGAGGCCCGAUCCACCGCGAAGAAGAACGUAGCAAACUACGCAAAUCCCCACUAAAUUCGCUAAUUUGCGGGAAAUAAAUCAAUCGCGGGAGGCGCCGAGAAACAAACAAAACGUACGAAAAUAAAGUGCCGCAAACCACAAACCAGCGUGCUUGUGUGUGUGUGUGCUAAAGAGGUGAGCACACCCACCCACCCACAAUCCAUCAGCGAACACGUGCUCCAAAAUAUCAACAAAAGUUGGCCCACAAAUAAGAAAAAAAAAAGAGGGGAAAAACUGCAACGGAACCGAACGCCGGAACACAAAAGGCACUUUCAAAUUGCACAAAAACGCGUCGAGUUGUGUAAGCCCGCCAGUGGGGUGUCGACUUCCCGACGACGAAGACCAAACCAUCGCUCCCAUCCACUUGCCCCUCCCGGAUAGGCUGAGUCCGCUGCCCACCACGCCCCAAGCUGGACGCUCGCACCAUCGCCUACCGCCCUCUGACCCUCGGCGGCCACCAGACGCCGCUUAUGGCCGAACUGCCGACGGCGCCGAACGGCGUCCCCAGCGGCGAUUACCUGCACCGCUCCAUCGACCAGCUGCGUUCCCUGGGCCACCUGACCACGGCCCAACUGGUCCACGACUACAAGCCCUUCAACAUCAGCGAAUUCCGGCAGAAUGUCGCCGAGCGACUGGACUACUCCCUGAAGAACGGCCUGGUGCAGCACCAGCAGCAAAUGGUCAUGGAGCAGCAGCCACAUCCCGAUCCGCAGCAGCAGCAGCAGCACCUGCACCACCCCCAGCAGCAGCAGCAGCAGCAUCCGCCCCAGCUGAAGGUCAGCUACAGCGCGCCCAACUCACCGCCCACGCCCCACGAGCAGCAGGAGCAGAAGUAUGACCCGAGUCGAUCGCCGCCGCGUCAGCAGAUGAGCAGCGCGAGCGGGAGCGGCAGCAACGGAUCCUCGCCGGAGGAGGAGGGUCGUCGGGGCGACGGCGACCAGGCGAAGCCCUACAAGUGCGGUUCGUGCAGCAAAUCCUUUGCCAACUCCUCGUACCUGUCGCAGCACACGCGGAUCCACCUGGGGAUCAAGCCGUACCGCUGCGAGAUCUGCCAGCGCAAGUUCACGCAGUUGUCGCACCUGCAGCAGCACAUCCGCACGCACACGGGCGACAAACCGUACAAAUGCCGGCACGCCGGCUGCCCCAAGGCCUUCUCGCAGCUCUCCAAUCUGCAGUCGCACUCGCGUUGCCAUCAGACCGACAAGCCGUUCAAGUGCAACUCCUGCUACAAGUGCUUCGCCGACGAGCUGACCCUGCUGGAGCACAUUCCCAAGCACAAGGACUCCAAGCACCUGAAGACGCACAUCUGCAGUUUGUGCGGCAAGUCGUACACGCAGGAGACCUACCUCCAGAAGCAUCUGCAAAAGCACGCCGAGAAGGCGGAGAAGCAGCAGCACCGGCACACGGCCCAGGUGGCUGCCCACCAGCAGCACGUCCCGGCGAGUGGGAUCGGCUUGAAUUUGCAGCGCCAGGCCAUGAACGAUGUGAAUGCCGCCUAUUGGGCGAAGAUGGGGGCGGACAGUGCGGCGGCCUCGCUGGCGGAGGCCAUUCAGCAGCAGUUGCCGCAGGCCGCUGGUCAGCCAUACGGCAACUUCGCCUCCCUGCAGCAGCAACACCAGCAGCAGCAACAGGAGCUGCUGCAGCAGCAUCAUCAGCGAUUGGCGGACACGCCAGGUCACUCGCACAGUCCUCACGAGGAGGCCGCCGGCGAGGAUCUCGUUCUGCGUCAGUCCACGCCCCAACAUCACCUCCAUCAGCAGCAGCAACAGCAGCAGCAGGCGCAGCAGCAACAACAGUCGCAUCACCAACCGUCUCCCGGAUCUUCAGCCUUCACUCCACUGUCAGCCACAGUGCCGCCACCACCUCCGCCACAUCUUCAACAGCAUCGCGGACCUCCGGCGGCCACCGCCGCCUAUCUCUAUCAGCAGAAUGCGGCUGCAGCAGCGGCCGCUUUUCCCACGCAGCUCAUCUCGCUGCACCAGAUCCGCAACUAUGCCCAUCAGCCAGGAGCCGCGGGCCUCAUCGCUGGCGAUCACCUCACCCUGGGCCUGAGUGCUGUGAAUGCCACCAAGGAGAAGGCGCAAUAGUACAGGCCAGGUCGUGGCCAAAAGAGGCAGCAACGAUGACAUUAGCUUAAGGUCUCCGUUUAAACUGGUAUGGAUUCAAAGGGCAGGAAACUCUACUGUUGAAUCCAUAUCAAUUGAAACACUCCAAGUAUAAAUAAGUUACGCUUAGUUAGGCGAAAGUUGGCAGUGGUUUUGGAGCUGGGAUUGUAAUUGGUUUCCUUAAGCCUCUCCCCGAAACACGAAUGAAAUCAAACUAAGCCAAAAGUUGUAUACGAUUCAGCCAAAUUCAACUCCAUCACUGCCUAAACCCAUAAGGAAACCAACUGCAAUCCUUUCUUCUUCCGCCCUUCUCAACUAGAGUUUUAAGUAUAUUAUAUCUAGGUCAACUCAGGAUUUUCUACGCGAUAUUUAUGCCCCUCUUUUAACUAUCUAUAAGCCAAAUUCAAUUUAAAACUCUGAACUAUUUGAAUAUGUCGAUUUUAAAUAGUUCACGUUUUUAAUAUCAGCCAGGAGCCGUACAAAGUACGGCGAUAGAAAUAAGUGCUAAAUAUGUAUUUUAUAGUGUACAUAGAAUUAUGUGAAAGUGUGCUGUACAUUUAAACGUAUCAACCUAGCUGUAGGGCCCUAGAUACUUUCUAAUUUAUCAACUAACUAGUAGAAUAAGGAUAUUUUCUACUUGUUAGGCAAGCUUAGAGAGAAAUCGAUUUGAAAAUGUAAAAUUCAAUCAAUAAAGCUUAAACUUAUUUAUAAAAUAA